AGCCGGAACGCAAAGUCGCGGCGGGGUUGAGCUGGAAUGCGAUAGUAGGCGGACCAUGGUGAAGAUGGCGGCUGCCGUAGCGGCCCCACGUGGAGAUGAGGCGUCUGAGGGCGAGCAGGCGGACAGUGAUUCUGAGUUAAGCUCAGGGCUUCCAGAGGACAGCUACUCAUCAGGAGGUGAAGCCCUGGAUGGUGAUGAUGAAGAUGAAACAGCAGCCCUUGGCAAUGAGGUUGAAGAGGCAACAAGCUCCAAAGCUGGCCCAAGUGCAGGCUGGGCAGAUGCCAUGGCAAAAGUGCUCAACAAAAAGGUUCCACAAAAUAAGCCCAUCAUCUUGGCCAAGAAUAAAAGUCUGGAGAAAGAGAAAGCAAAGGAAAAACAAGAAAGGCUGGAGAAGAGGAUGAAGCUUGAUAAAAAGCGGGAGUGGGAAAUGAUGUGCCGAGUGAAGCCAGAUGUUGUCAAAGACCGAGACAGAGAAAGAAAUCUUCAGAGAAUUGCCACAAGAGGAGUUGUACAGUUAUUUAAUGCUGUCAGGACACACCAAAAGAAUGUUGAUGAGAAGGUGAAGAAAGCUGGGAGAUCUGAGAGGCAGCGUGCUAAACUGCUGUCAUCUGUUUCAAAGAAAGAUUUCAUUGAUGUCUUAAGAAAUGCAGAGGGCGCUAAAGAAAGCAAGAAUCCUGCUGCAAAGGCUACAAAAAGUAAACAGGGUGAAGUGAAGUCUGAAGAGGGGCCAGAAUGGAAUAUACUGCGUGAUGACUUCAUGAUGGGAGCAUCUAUGAAAGACUGGGACAAGGAAAGCGAUGGAGAGGGCAGUGUUGAAGAAGGAGGUGGUCUGAAACAAGAUGACAGUGACUGAAUGAAACUGAAAACCAGUCAAGUUAAUGUUUUAUAGUCUUUAUUUUCUUUGGAUAAAAAAUCAACAUUCUGUGAAUGUACAACACUUGGAGAAUAUAAUUUUAAAGAAAAAAAGGAAAAGACUUGCGCAACUUUGGAGUAACUUUGGAGUGUUUUCUCCUUCAUGUCAAACUUUUAUUUAAUACAGCUUCAUUUGCUAUACUGAAAUCCUGAAAUAUUUUCCAAAACAUGUAUAAUUUUCAACAUAUUUCCAAAACAUUUUGUACAGUCAAAACAGUGGCACCUGCCCAAUGAAAGACUGAUUUUGCCAAGGUCAUUAAAAGUUUAUACAUUAGUCAUGGCAAGUGUUGUAUUAGUGUGCCUGCAUUUCCAAAUCAGCAUUGCACUUUGAAAGUUGUUAGCAAUUUGCAAUAGAAAUGGCUUACAAUAAACAGAAAUGCCGUCACCUUGUAAAGUUAUCAGACUCCUAUAGAGUCUUUACUACUUUGGCCAGAAAAGGUUUUGUAGAUAAUAAAGAAAAGUAACCAUUAAUGUGAUAGUUCUGGUCUUGGAGCAUUAGUUUGAUUGGAGACAAUUCUGGAAACAUAACUGUAAAAGGAGAGACUUGACCCUACUGAUUGGCUUUUAUAUUUUGUUAUAUAUAUGGAAGUAUGAGUUUUUCCAUUGCAAGUCUGAAGUUGUAUAAGCUAAGAGACUGAUAAGAGACGAAAGGACAGUCAUUGCUAUUAUUUUUGUUGGAGGAGAGAGGACUUUUCUAGCAAUACUGCAUAAAAUUGUGUUCAGUGUUUCCUCAUUUGCAGUUGUGGUGUUCUGGCCUUUUUCAGCAUGGAGCUGGACCUCCAGGAUACAUCCUGUGGGUUUAGGCAGCUGUAAUGCUAAUUCCUGAGGUCUGUAAAGGGUCAAACAAAAGCCCUUCCUCUUAGAUGCAUACUGUAACAGUAGCAGAUUUUGGAAGACAUCUGUCAGGGUAACACUACUUGUCUUUGUUCAAACCACAGCAGUUUUUCCUAAUCAGUUGUUUAGUUGUGAAUAUGUUAUUAUUAACAUACAUAAUAAGAAUAUAUUCUUUAUAAGCAUAUGCAUAGAGAAGAAAGUGCAUUGUGAUUAAGGUGUUCUAAAUGAGAGGCUGAGUUUGAAUUCUGCUGCCUUCACUGUUCCAGACUGGCUGUCUGAUGCUGUGUCAGUUGUUUAAGUUUUCUGUUACAUUUCAUAUGUGAAGAAAAUGCCUUGGGGCCUAUUAAUUGAUACUUUAAAAGCACAGUACUAUUCUGUCUGUUUCUAUAGAUGUCUGGCAUACAAACCUUUCUUUGUACCUGCUUAUAUGCAAGAUAGCAUUGAAAUCUGUGUACUUCAGUGGAUUUAGAUUUUUCCCAACAAAGGCACUGAGGAGAGGCGAGAGGGUUUGAACUUUGUGUAUACUGCAGGAGAAAAAAAAUAUACAUACAAAAUGGCAGAGAAACCCAUCCUAACAACUGGCAAUGCUUAUGUUAUCCCUAGCCUAUUCAUCUGGUGUAGAUAUUGUAGCAUAAUUCUUUGAGGAGAGCUCAAAGCUAGCAGCAGAAAUGUUUAGAUUUUCAAGCUGCUUUGAGUGUUAGACAUACUAGAUAUCUGAGGAGACAUUGGUUUGUGGCCUGAUAUUUAUUAUAACAAACGAAGGCAUACAUCCAAAAUACCAAGUGGCAAAACCACAGAAGUUUGUCAUAGGGUUAUCCUGGCUUCUGAAGGCUAGAUAUCUGUAUAGCUGUUCAGUGAGAGUUGGCAUCUCAUUAGUGCAAAACGAAGAUAGGCUACAAUAUUUCAAGUAGCUACUUAAGCAGAAUAGCAGCAUAAUAGCCUAAUCUGACAUUGCUUUCUUUCUACAGAGCUCACUUAGUUUGUGUGGAAAAAUUACAUCAGCAUCUUUAAAUCUACGGUUACUCUUUCAUUUGAUAUCACCAGUAUCUGCCUGAGAUCAGACUUUUUGAAAGUAAUCUAGUUUUUCUUAGGAACAGUGACAUUAUGACAUUAAAAAUACCCUCAGGCUACUUCUAGAAUACUUGGGUGUUUGAAUUUUACUUGUGCAUUUUUGAAGUGAUGUUUUGAUUAAGGCAAUGGAUUAUUACUUGUUUAUUUAAGAAAAACAUGGAGUAUAUUGAUAUUGCUAAAAAUACCUUGAGCUUCCAUUUCAUAGCAGUACUUUUUUUUCUGUAAGUGGAGAGCAUUUCUUACCUUUUCAGAAGCAUAAUACUCUAUGUAUAUCAGAUACUUUUUAGAUUUUGGUACCUUGCCUUUGCCAUGCCCUUUGGUUGUGCCAUAUUCAGAAAAACUCCUUGAGUAACUUAGAUUGGUAACUACCUCCUAAAGUGAAAUAAGCUCCAGGCUCUUUGUGGCAGAUGGAAGUGUGUAUUUUAACUUUAGGCAUUUGGUGGACGACUUACUUCACAAGCUUUAUUGUAAUGGACUAGCAGUUCAAGAGAAGAGCUAAGCCCUGUUUGGCCCAUACCCCUUCCAGUCUCCUUUCUCAGCUGUGGGAUCAGGCUCUACCCUCCUCCCCACCCGCUUUUCCAGUAAUGUUCUUCCUUUUCCAUAGCUACCAAGAACAACCUUCAGCAGCUUUUCCCAGCCAGCAGAGUGCUCGGUCUGUUUUGCCUGCUCCCAUGAAUAUCUCUGCUUAAGCAAAGCUGUGCUGCUGCCCUUCAUUCCAGAGAGCAUGAAUCAUCUCAACUUUGUGUAUUUCUGUACCUAUCUAUAUAAAGCCAAUAAGGAUGGGGUGGUUCCAGUUUUGUUAGGCUUCAAGCCAACUCUAGAAUAUGUAGAGUUUAAUAUUGUAUGGAUUGCAUGCAAAGCAACAAAGUGGUUUUUCAUAAGAGGAGACACAGGGUGAGCUCUCCCCCAUGUUUCUUACCCUCUCAUCUCAUUUCUCUUUAUGUUAAUUGUGCUAAGUAUUUUUUCAGCAAGCAAAGCAUGAGUUUGCCUAUGGAGAAAAUAGAACCAUCUUACCAUCUUCUGUCUGCUUUUCUGCAGCCUGCUGUUUCCUUAAACACUUGAUGAGUGAUGGUGGAGUAUCCUUGUGCCUGAUGGUACUGCACCAUAUCAUCUUGCCUUCCAUGAUCCACCAUGGAAGAACUCCCACUUCUGCAGUUGUGAGACAGGUUCUCAGAACGAAAGAGCUAGAAACUGUUUUCUGAUAGAGAUACGGCUUUGUGUGUGUGUGUUUUGUUUUAGAGAGAGAAAUGGUUGGAGGCUAUAAAAGUGUUCUGACUAUCUGAUGCUUCCAGGAGAAGGUGGUCUGUAAAGCUGCAUCUGUUCAGAGCUGGCUCAGUAGCUGUCUCCAGGGAGGAAGGCAGAAGUAGAAGUCAUCUGGCACAUAACAGUCUGCGCAAGUUAAAAUGACAAACUACUCAUUCUUAUGAAAUGAGUCCUGGCAUAGUUAAUAUCCACACAGAGCAGUCAUCAAUGCUGUUCACUUCCAGCCCCUGCAAAUUGCUCAAUGAUUUCUUCAAGACUUGCUGAGGUAAGCAGUAAGAAGGCCAGGAGAAGGGUUGAGGAAGGGAAGACUCUUAGGAUCUUAAUAAAUAGAUAGUAUCCUUGUGCUAAAUAAGGUGUUAAAUUUGGAAUUUAGGACCUCAGUGGUCCUAAACCAAGAACUCUGGAGAGUUCUUGGUUACCAAGUUAUGGAAUGCUGUUGAUUUACUCCUGUUCUAAAGCAGCAGCUUUUAACCUCUUGUCAGUAUGUAAGUGUCAAAGGUUUUGCCUCUGUAGAUGAUCUGGCAGAUAAGGGCUUUUCCUUAAUCAUUCUUUUUCAGACUGAUAAGGAUGGCUGAUAUUUCUUAGACAAACCAUUCUGUUUUCAAAUGCAUCUGUUUAAUUGCUGUUCUGUCCUAAGGGAUAUGUUGUAAUAAAACUCCAGUCAAACUGAAUAGCUUCAACAAAAAAGAUGCUUGUAUUUGUGUAAUGCUUCAUCCUUUGGAAUUAUUUCUUUUUGUUUAAAUCCAUGUGUUUAAUCUGCUGGAUAACAAAUUGUACAAUGAAUUAGGACACUUUCGUCAGGUCUUCACAUGUGACCUCAUAAGCACAAAUGGUUUCCAAGAGGCACUUUGGAAGGUGAUUUUAGGAAUACUUACAAAACCCAUUAUUUCUUCACAGUGCCUCAGCGAUUUUAAUAGCCCAUUCUCUCAUGCCAGUGAGUGAACUUUUAGAGCAUUAUUUUGCAACGUUUUCCCAGUGUUUCUUAAUUCUGUUUUCAGUAUAUGUGGUGUUAAUUGUGAACUCCUAACCAGGAUCAGACUUGCACUGAGGUUUGAUAGCACUAGGAUUUCUUACAGACAUAAGUGUUUUCAGAAGUAGCUAAAUAAUUAAUAGAAAUAGGUCACUUAAAAGAUAUGCUGGUUACACUUCUUAUCAGAAACUUAAUGUGUAAUUUACAAACGGUUAAGUAUACAGCCUGCUGAUUUUAUGUACUAAUCAGGUCUUCAAAUCAUGUCUAUUAUAGGCAUGUUUGAUCACAAAUAGAACAUAACAGGGUUGUUUGAGAUAAUUUUAAAACUUGUUUGAAUAUUGAGGUACUUAAAGAUUACACUAGCCAUUUAUGAACCCAUUAUAAACUGCAUUAUGAAUGUAAUCUGGGAGCUUGUGACUAAGAGCCUGUGGCUAUUCAGUCACUUUGUUGCUUUGAAAUUUUUCUUUCCCAGAAGAGGAGGACUUUUCUAUUCUUGUUCCGAAUGGGAAUGAGUGUUGCUUGAUCCAAGCAAAAUGGUAAUGGAAAGCUUUCUUGAUUAUGUGGGUGUUUGCAUUAACUUCUGGGUUGUAUGUAUUCUAUCUAAAGAGGACUUUCUUUGUUUUUCAAGUGAUCCACAAAUCACACGGUAUGUAGGCAAUGAUGUAUUACAAGGGUAGGUUGCUGCAGGUAGAAAUACGAGUAUCAACAGUCCUAGGCUUCAUUGCCAGCUCUGUCAGUCACAGAGAUUUUUAGAAGUGUACUUCUGAAGCAGCCUUUUGCUUUCCAGGGAUAAAUACUGUUCUGCUUCCAUUUCAGAAGAGUGUCUGAGGUCUGGCAGCUGAAUGAAAACUGUUACUACAGGGCUUAGUACGUAAGCUUACUUAUUUGAGACUUCACAUACCUGCUUGGGCAUCCAUCCAUUCACCAUUUCAUGAUGCUCAUUAGACAUGAAAGGUGACCAAACCCAUGGUGAUAGCUUAUCCAUCAUUGUGUAGGUCUGCUACCUCAGUUACAAUCCCAAUCAGUUCCAAAGAGCUUACGGUUCAUAAGUAAAGGGUGCUGCACAGGUACAUGUUCAUAACAGUAGUGUAGUUUUGCAUACAAUUGGGUCUUAGGUGACUGAAAUACUUGACAGUAUCUUGUUACGUACUUAAGAUUUUUUUUUUU